CUGCCGUCUCACAUUCCACUUAGGAACCCACCUCCUCUAAUCGAUAAAUAGCAGCAUUUUUUGGACGAUUCGUCACCCUCCACACCGGACUUGCACCGAACGACGGAAGGGGAGGGAAAGACCACUGGACCACUCCCUAGUUAUUUUUGGGUCAUGGACUCAUGGGUGGUAUAAAUAUAUUGUAAACUUUCGGGCCUUCGCCAACUACCUGGCUGCUUGCAGUUGUUGGAUUCGUCUUGCACUCUUGCCUCUUCUUCUAUUGUUCGUCUUCCAUGGCUUCAGACUUCAAGUCCAUUCCAAUAAUAGAUGUCAGUCCACUUCUGGCUAAAUGCAAUGAUCCUUUGAUUGCUGAAGAUCAAGGUGUAUCCGAAGUUGUUGAACAAUUAGAUCGAGCUUGUAAGGAGGCUGGGUUUUUCUAUGUGAAGGGCCAUGGUAUACCCGAUUCCCUUGUCAAAGAGGUGAGAGAAUUGACACACCAAUUUUUUGAUCUUCCUUACGAAGAAAAACUUAAAAUCAAGAUGACUCCAGAAAGAGGAUACAGAGGAUAUCAGAGAAUUGGAGAAAAUGUCACUAAAGGAAAACCAGAUAUGCAUGAAGCCAUUGAUUGCUAUAAAGAAUUGAAACCUGGGUCCUAUGGAGCUCCUGGGAAACCUUUAGAGGGAGCUAAUAAAUGGCCAGAUAAACCUGCAAACUUCGACUCUGUGCUAGAGGAGUAUAUCAGCCUUCUUACAGAUCUUGCAAGAAAUAUUAUGCGUGGAAUUGCUCUAGCAUUGGGUGAAUUACCAAAUGAAUUUGAAGGUGAAAAGGCUGGAGAUCCAUUUUGGGUUAUGCGUCUCAUUGGUUAUCCAGGUGCUUCUGAUGCCAAUGGCUCAGUUAUGCCAGAAAAUGACAUUGGAUGUGGAGCUCACACAGACUAUGGUCUCUUAACACUAGUUAAUCAGGACGACAAUAUUUCUGCACUGCAGGUGAGAAACAUGUCUGGUGAGUGGAUAUGGGCAGUCCCCAUUCCUGGCACAUUUGUCUGCAACAUAGGUGACAUGCUGAAGAUUUGGACCAAUGGUUUGUAUCAACCAACUUUGCAUCAAGUAAUCAACAACUUUUCAAAGUAUCGAGUUUCUGUUGCCUUCUUCUAUGAGCCAAACUUUGAUGCUGUUAUAGAGCCAUUGGAGGGUUGUAAGCAAAAGACUGGUGGCAUUGAGAAGUAUGAAAAAGCUGUUUAUGGGGAGCAUUUAGUCAGCAAAGUCACUACCAACUUUGCGAUGUAGGUUUCCCAUUUCCCAAACACCCCCCCUUCUCAAAAUAGAAAAAGAAGAAAAUAAAAAGAAAAAAGUUUUUUGUCAUGUGGGAACAUGUAAUCCUUUUUAUGUUUCUCUCAUUAGUCAGUGUAUGUAUUAACUAUUAUCUUGUCAUUGUUUAAAUUCUGUAUUGGUGUCUUGGAUCUUGUUAUCAUGUUGAACCAUCCUUUGAAUUCAAAUAAAUCUGCUGUGAUGCCUGGUACAA